AUGAUUUUCAGACCACUCGUCACGGCCUUUGUGGCCAGUGCCAUGCUGUCAAAUGUUCUUGCCUUCCCUGCCUUCCCGCCAGCAACGGGUCUUGGCUCCAUCGGCAAGCGAGACACCGAGACGAAGCUCUAUCCCAAGAACGUGAUGGAAGCGAUGCGGAAGCGCUUUCAGGCUACGAUUGACGCGCAGGCAAAGGACGUGGCUUCCAAGUAUCCUGUUGAGCAUCUUGGCAAUGUCACCGACGAGUCUCUGUGGGACUACUUUCAUGAGCACGGCGUCAUGCCACAGCCCAUUCGAGGCAAGACCGGAGCGACCUCGGCGGGGCCCGAAUGGACUGAGGGCAACCGUGAGAACCCGGAUUCUUACGCGCCGCCCAACUCCGAUCACGGUUCUGUGCCUCAAGCAAAGUGGCCUUUCGCACUUAGCCAUAAUCGCCUUCAAAAUGGAGGCUGGGCAAGACAGUCCAACAUCGAUGUUCUUCCCGUGUCGACCGAAAUUGCAGGUGUCAACAUGCGACUGGACGAGGGCGCCUACAGGGAGGUGAGUUGAAAUUUGUCAUUCACAUAACUGCUUGACCCAGUCUGACCGACGCGCCCCUUCUUCAACUCCGCAGAGGUGAGACACUGACCGCGCUAUCUUAUGUUCUCAAAUUUUGCUCACACCUCUCCUCCAGCCAUUGGCAUUCGACAGCCGAAUGGGCCUUCGUACUGAAUGGCACAUUCCGCAUCGCUUCAAUAGACGAUGAAGGCAGGAAUAUCGUCGCUGACGUCGGGCCAGGUGACCUUUGGUGUGAGUAACUUCGAACUCUGUCUUCAACUCUCGGCUGACAAGCGCAUCGCUUUGUGUUUCAGACUUUCCUGCUGGCAGUCCUCACACCAUCCAAGGCAUUUCUGCUGGAGGAGGAGAGUUCUUGCUGAUCUUUGAUGACGGGCACUUCAGCGAGGACAGCACCUUACUCCUGACCGACUUCACCGCACACAUUCCUCGCGAGGUCUUGGUCAAGAAUUUUCCAGGUCUCUCCAAUGACGACUUCAACAACGCGCCGGGUUCUUCCCUGUACAUUUUCCCUUCUGAUCCACCAGCGUCGAACGACACUCAGCAAGUCGAGUCGCCUCAGGGAGAGGUGCCUGACAGUUUCACUUACAAGUUCUCUGAACAAAAGCCUAUCGAACUCCUUGGAGGAAGCGUCAAAGUGGUCGAUUCUAGAAAUUUCAAGGCAAGCAAGACGAUCGCUGCUGUUGAGGUGACAAUCGAGCCCGGUGCGAUGCGCGAGUUGCAUUGGUGAGUGAUAUGAGCGUUUGGGUAGCGUCUCGUUGUCCUCACGCAUGUCUCAUCACACUAAAAUCUUUCUCGGAACAGGCACAAACAGCAAGAAUGGAUCUACGUGAUUUCAGGCCAUAUGAGGGUCACCGUCUUCAGUGGCCAGUCCAACGGUGCGUGUGUCUCGAUCGGGAUCAGAGAUGCAGGCGUCAUCUUUGACAACCUUCUUUUCUUUGAACAGCUCGCACGUACAACUUUGGACCUGGAGAUACUGGAGCUUGGCAAGCACAGAAUGGACACUACAUUGAAGCGCUUGGAGACGAACCGGUCAAGUAUCUGGAGGUUUUCAAGUCGUCCCGAUACAGCGACUUUUCCCUUUCCCAAUGGCUUGCCCUGACGCCACCUGCCGCGGUCAAGGCCCAUCUCGGCUUCUCGGACGAAGCUUUAAAGACGUUGUACAAGAACUUUGCGAAGAGCGACCAUCAAGUGGUCAAGCGAGAUGGUCGCAAGAGGAUGCCGGGUGGAAAGCGCAGCUUCGACUAA